AUGAAGACCUGCGCCGCUGCUCUCAGCAUCCUGUCUGGCCUUGCCAUGGCAGCUCCUGCCGUCCGGGCCCGCGACGGCGUCUGCCAGUCAUUCAUCUACAGCAGCCCGCAGUGCUGCUCGACCGCCAACGGCGGAUUUCUCUCCUGCCAGACGUCUACAUCGGCCGCGGAUAUCCAGAGUUUCAAGAAGAGCUGCGACGGAAAGGGCCAAGCCCAGUGCUGCACCAUCUUUGCGCCGAGCCAGAAGUUCUUUUGCGUCGCGCCUGGCAGCGAGUAG